AUGAACACAUAUACAAGUGUUGAAUGGGAGAGGAUGAGCCGUGGAAUUAGAAGAAGUUUGUGUAUGGUGGAUUAUGAUAUUCCAGUUAAUAAUAAAUGUACUAAAAGAGGACGAAAAUCUCCUGCUUCUGCAGUUAUACUGAAUGAUGAUAACUACAACAAUGGCCAAAAAUUGGACUCAAAGGAAGGGGAUCAAAAUAACAUUAUUGUACAAACUCCUACUGUGAAACGAAGUUCAAGAUUCAGAGGUGUUAGCAGGCAUCGAUGGACGGGGCGUUAUGAAGCUCAUUUGUGGGAUAAGGCUUCUUGGAAUGUAACUCAGAAAAAGAAAGGGAAACAAGUCUAUCUUGGAGCAUACGACGAAGAAGAAUCAGCAGCAAGGGCUUAUGAUCUGGCUGCAAUCAAGUAUUGGGGCACAUCAACUUUCACCAAUUUCCCGAUGUCUGAUUAUGAGAAAGAAAUCGAGAUCAUGCAAAACAUGACUAAAGAAGAGCAUUUAGCCUCUUUAAGAAGAAGCAGCAGUGGUUUUGCCCGGGGUGUAUCCAAGUAUAGAGGAGUUGCAAGGCAUCAUCACAAUAACAGAUGGGAAGCAAGAAUCGGACGAGUUUAUGGUACUCAAGAAGAGGUAGCUCGAGCUUAUGACAUUGCAGAGAUUGAGUACAGGCGAACUAACGCGAUGACUAACUUUGACAUGAAUACAUAUAUGAGAUGGCUAAAACCAGAUGCCAAUUCUCAAAUGUCACUCCAAGAUUUAACAUCAGAGAAUCAGCCUAUACAAUCUAAUAACAGUGGUGAUAUGAUUAACCGGAUAAACGACCCCUCAUACUCGUUUAACCCCAGUUGUUUCACCACCAAUGCUGAAAAGUUUUAUGCUAUACCACAAAGCCAGGAACCUAUAGAAAGAAAAAUGCCCUUUAGUUCUUGCAAGAAAUCACCAUCGUCUACCGCUCUAAGUCUUUUGCUUCGAUCUUCCAUGUUUCAAGAGCUCGUUGAGAAGAAUUCGAGCACUGAUUCUGAAGAGAGUAAUGUAAAGAACGAAGCACAAUCAAGCACGGAGAAUGAGUUUGUGUUUUACACAAAUGAUAAGAAGUUGCCGAAAUUAGAGUCAUUGGAGAAUGGUACUUCUUCUUCAGCUUUGUGCGAUAGAAGUGGGCAACAACAGUACUUUUGGAGUUUGAUGUCUUAAAUCACUUAACUUGUAGUCUAUCGGAAACAGCUCUCCUCCUAAAAGGAAGAAAUAACAUCUGCGUAUACACUACCC